AUGAAAGAUAAGUCACUCCAGCUUCAAGACUUGCCACUAGAGCUACUCCUUCGUGUACUUCCCAUUGAUGAGUGUCUACUAAACCAACCUUUGGAAAUAUCUAUACCAUGGCUCAACUUUAUGGAGCCUAAAAGGCGAUUUCGAUUGUUGGCGGAGAGUGGCAUAGGAAAUGCUCGAUGUGGGCAUAAAUUUGAUUUGGAAUUAAAGUAUGGCAAGUUGAUAUACGUCAACUUUGGCACGCCAGUUGACUCAAAGUACCUCAAAGAUUACAUCAUAUUCGAUCACAAUACUAUUGAAGACACCAUAUACGAGUAUCCUGAUUUUGUCAGAUGUUUAAAGAUUUGGACUGGCGAUUUGGACCACGAUGAAUACUUGUGGUUUGCAUUUGCCAAAGUUCAAAGCUGUCAUUCGAGACAUUUGCAAGAUGUUGUGUUUACAGAUGGAAUCGAGUUGGACCCUUGCACUGAAAUUCAAUUAAAUUGCUUGAUAUUGGGCUCAUUUUGUCUACCUAUGCAAAAAUCCAGGAAACUUUUUCACCAUUUGAGGGAGGAAUUUGUGUCCAACUUGAAGCACGUUGAGUUUGACAUGACUGUACAAAACUUUCUCAAACUCAAAGAUGUGUUGAAGGAAAUCACUGGCGAAUGUCAUAAAAUUGCCCCCACCACACUACAUAUAUACUUGAAUUUGGAAAAUAAUCGCACCUAUCCCCAAAAAUUCCCUAUUGAAUGGAUCACUAGCAUUUUCAAUUUACAACUGGUGGAGGAGUUUUCUCUCCAUUAUUACAACAAAAGUACUUCUAUUGGCUACUUGAAUGAUUGGAUUGAGAAGAUGCCGCAUUUAAAGUCAUUGAACUUGGGGUUUGGAAACUUGAACUUUAGUCAUCUCCCACGACAACUCGAAAAUAGCAAGGCUAAUAUCCAAAUCAAGGUAGAUAAAAAAUACUUCAACUCAAUUCAACACAAGUAUAAUCGUUGCUAUUGGCGGGAAAAGAAGUUUAGAGAUUGUGUCAUUGUUUGUAGGCCAGGACAUUAG